GUUCUGGUAACGGCCGAACUUUUUGAGACGACUGGACUUACAGGCGCAUCGUUCUUGUCAUCGUUCUGUCGUCCACGCUCCGUGUACAGAUUAUGUCUCUCACGAGAACAGUGCUACCGUCGCUACGGUGUGCCCAUUGUCGGACCUUUAUCGUCAAUCGCUUCGCUACAUUGCCAAUACCCAACACAUGCGUGGCGAGGCAUACACAACGCAACACACUUCAAUCGCGUAACAUAUCCACAUCAGCUUCCUUCCAAUUACCUCGAAUCAGGACAAAUCGACGAAAACAAGAAACUGAAGAGUUUGAGCCAUUGGUAGAGGGGAUAAAUGAAGCCAUAGAAGACCAAAUAUCUCACGAUUCUUUGGGAGGGACCAGUACGUUGGAGACUGCGGCACUCCCUACCCUCCAGCCCAAGUUCGUUGAGCCAUGGAACGCAAUACCGCAGCCCAGCGACUCUGUUGAAGACCUCGAGCCACGCAUCAAAUACACACCAGGGAACAGCAUACCAGGCUUCAAAACCAUAUACCGUGCUGCGCCAACCUCCAAUACAGCCGAGACUCCAUCCCUCACCACUUCAUCAUCAUCACCAUCCGCAGAGGAGUCCACCGCUCCAACCCUAGCCCCUGUACCAUGGUAUCUCCAACAAUCAGCACCCACCCAGUCCUCCGAUAACCCUCUUGCCGCACGCCAACAGAUUCCUGAGCUCCCUCCUCACCCACCACCUGUCCUGCACACCCUUCUCUCGCACAUUUCUACCGAUCUCGGUCUCGAUGAUCUUGCACUCCUCGAUCUCCGCCAUCUCGACCCUCCAUCUGCUCUUGGCAACAAUCUGAUCAUGGUCAUCGGAACGGCACGCUCCGAGAAGCAUCUCCACGUGUCCGCAGACCGAUUCUGCCGGUGGAUCCGCCGAGAAUUUCAUAUGAAGCCUUACGCGGCAGGUCUGUUAGGCCGUAAUGAGUUGAAGAUCAAAUUGCGGCGCAAGGCGAAACGCGCGAAGGUCAUGGCGACCGCAGGAGUGACCGAGGUCGAGGCAGCGGAUGACGGGAUACGAUCUGGCUGGAUAUGUGUUACUGUAGGACGGAUAGAAGAGGCCGUAGACGCGCCUCAGAAGGAGAGGCCAGCCUUCAUUGGGUGGGGUGAGGAGGAGAAGGGGUGCAUGAUCGUAGUUCAAAUGUUUGUCGAGGAUAAAAGGGAAGAAAUUGAUCUUGAAGAGCUUUGGGGUAGCGUCUCAGAGGAGCAUUGGAGAAGACAGCAGCGUAUAGCACAUAAGCAGGACCAGGACGGGAAUAGCGAAAUGUCCCCUGACAAUGUUGAGGAUGAGCAUGAGGCAGAAUCAUCAGAGACGUCACACAUCAAAGGUGCCGAGCAAAGGCGCAGCGAUGAGGCGACAGUGUAAUGGAGUUGCACCAUCAGUAUAAAACAUGUAUAAAUACUUGAACGUAGUAACAUGCCCUGCAGAAUCGAUCGUGCAAACUACUCAUCAAGAGGAAAUGGCGUCUGGACGGCCUGCAGAACAAUGACCGCUACCUUGUUCUAUUCAAUGAACUUGGCCAACCCUUUAAGCUUUAAGGCGCAGUCUUUGCGCCGUUAACAAGCAGAUU